AUGGCCCCCUCUAACCUUCCUCCGGUUUUCAAUGCCACAUCUCAGGACAUGGAGAUGCUCCUGGCUGCGCAAUGCCAUCUCGGCUCCAAGAACUUGCAGGUUCACAUGGACCCUUACCUCUGGAAGACUCGUCCAGAUGGUAUCAACGUGAUCAACAUUGGCAAGACCUGGGAGAAAAUCGUCCUUGCCGCUCGUAUCAUCGCCGCCAUCGACAACCCCGCCGAUAUUUGCGUGAUCUCCGCUCGUCCCUAUGGUCAGCGUGCCGUUCUCAAGUUCGCCGCUCACACUGGCGCGGUCGCUAUUGCCGGUCGUUUCACUCCCGGUAGCUUCACCAACUACAUCACCCGCUCCUUCAAGGAACCCCGCUUGAUCAUCGUCACCGAUCCCCGUACCGAUGCUCAGGCCAUCAAGGAGGCCAGCUAUGUCAACAUUCCCGUCAUUGCUCUCUGCGACACCGACUCGCCAACCGAAUACGUCGAUGUCGCUAUCCCUACCAACAACAAGGGUCGCCAUGCCAUUGGUCUAGUUUGGUGGCUCCUUGCCCGUGAGGUCCUUCGCCUUCGUGGCACUCUUGCUACCCGUGAAACCGAAUGGGACGUCGUUGUCGAUCUGUACUUCUACCGUGACCCCGAAGCCGAAGAAGCCAAGGAACUCGAGGAGGCCAAGGCCGCUGGUGUCGACGAAAUUGGCCCUGGUGCUGUCGAGUCUGGAUUCGGUGCUGAAGGUUGGGAAGCUAGCGCUGGAACUGCUUUCGGUGCUGCUGCUGCCACUACAACAACAACUAACCCUGCUACUGCCACUGCCACCUGGGAAGCAACUGGCGGCGAUUGGGCUUCUAGUGCUCCCGCCGAGGGCUGGGCAGGUGAGGCUCCUGCUACCGAAGCCAAGUGGUAG